AUGCUCUGGGCAACACUGCCCUUGUCUGCCGCCGUGUACGGUUCUGCUGUUCCUCGGCAGAAUACGCAGAAUACCGGCGACAUCAACUUGGCUGAAAUUAUCCGCGAUUCUCCUAAAGUUCAAGCUCAUAUGAAGAGCACUAUGAGCCAUCUGGGCAAGGUAUUCCCUUUCUCAGAGGGCCAAAUGAGUGCUUCGAAAGGCGGAGUUGACUUGUUAAAUUCUGCGGAAAUACCGGAAUUCGAUCGCAAAUGCCUAUUUGUGCGCAACUCGAUUAAAGAAACGGGAUGGCAAUCGUCUCUUGAUGUUAACCCUCAUCCCAACGGUGAUGAUGUGGUUACCGGAGAGAAUGAAGAGCCCAUGACAAUCAGUACAUCUACGGUUAAAACCAAUAGUUACCGGCUCGGAUGGAAUAAGGAGUCAUCUAAAGAGACCGGCCAAUCUGUUACAGCUGAAGUUUCAGUCGGUUAUGGCCCCUUCUCAGCGUCUCUUGGGACAACCGUUUAUGGUAAUCAGCGUAUGACAGAAGGCCAAAAUGCUGAGUUGUCAAAACAAGAGGAAGUCUCAGUCAAGGUUGAUAGGCCGUAUACGUGUCCAGCAUGGAGCAUCUGCAGGGUUGUAACCUGGACUUACAUCAGGACCAUCACAGGAAGCUGCUUCCUGACGCCCUAUUACAAUGAGACGUGCGGCAGGGGUGAGACAGGCAAGGGCAACUUGUACAGUCUUGGGCUUCUCCGGUCUUGUUCACCCGCCGAUAAGAUUGCCAACAAUUUUUACGAGUUUAUUCUUGGGCAGACCGGAUAUGGCCCCGAUUUGGAGGGCAUCAAGAUGCACAUAACCGAGGGCGUAAUCCCCAGGUACCAGGACAACUGCAGCUUUUCGUACACGCUGCGAGACGAGCAUGGAACACCCAUCAGCGCCAUCGCAAACAUUAUUGAGAAGUACCCGGAUCCCAACGCCAAGAAGAUUGAGGUGACCAGCGUCCCCAAGGCACUGGUCCUGGAUGCCCCUAAUCGCUUUUAUAUUUCUUCCACGGAUGGCGGAGACGGAAAAUGGCAUAAUCGCGACGACUUGCCCGAGCCCGAGGGCUGUAUGGAGACGCGCCCCGACACCGAGUCCAAGUCCAAGAGAGCCGAGGCCGAGCUCGACAACAACAGCCUCGAAGAGGAGCCACCCGCGUACGACGGCGUCAAGGUGGAAAUUCUUCAGGACGGAAUGCCCGCUUUUCUCGAGAAGUUGGGCCAGAGCAAGAGCGAGGGCUUUAUAGCAAAUCGCAUCGACGAGGCAAAACCCAGCAGCCGCGAGGUCCACGGGCGUGCAGCCGAUUACAUUCCCAAUGUCAGAGAUUGUUUGGCAGACUUUGUUAAGAAGAAUACGCAAGGUUAA